AUGCUAUAUCAACUCGAGGCGAUUGGUCUCUCCAGGGACCUGCCUCGCGCUCCUCCACUCACUCUCUCUCACCACGUUGACGCGGCCUGGGUACCGACUUUUCCAAGAGAACAACGUGUUAGGAGUGCGCGGUUUAGAUUGCACGAAGUUGGAUUCCAGUCAAAUCUACUGAAGCCACGUGUCGGCCCUUCCUCCGUGUCGCUCGCAGCACCCAGGCAGCGGUCGGUCGCGCGCCACGUGUCGAGAUCUGUAGCCUCUCCGAAGUUGCGGGUGCGCCACGUGGCUCGUUCCGCGUGGCAGGUGUUGCUGCUACCGGCGAUGGCGGCGCGAGAGGUGACGGUGGUGUUCGGUGAGGAGCGGUUUGAAGUGCAAGUGGAGGUUGACAUGGGCGUGGAGGUGUUGCAGAUUCAAGUCUUCUCGCUUACAGGAGUCGAGCCGGAGAACCAAUUGCUUUCCCUCUCCUCCGGCCCGUCCCUUGACCUCUCCUCGCCGCAUGCUGAUUUGGCCUCUCUCCUGCCGGUUAAUGGGACGGUGCUAGUGCUGCAUGAUAGGGGGAAGCCAGGGGCGGAAGGGGAGAUGGCGGAGAAGGAGGAGGCGACAAGGGCGGAGAGAGAGACUGAAGCGACGGGGGAGGAGGGUAAGGAGGGUGGUAAGGGGGAGAGCAGCAGGGAAGACGAUGAGGAACUCGCAAGGCGACUGCAGGAGGAGGAGGAUGCAGCAUUGGCGCAGCAGAUUCAGCAGUCAGAGGCACAUGCUAUGCAGACCAUGCUGCAGCAGCAACUGAGAGGGCAGCAGCACGUGCGGUGGCAUGUGGUGCAGCAGAUACAGCAGUCAGAGGCACAUGCCGUGCAGACCAUGCUGCAGCAGAUGAGAGGGGGGCAGCUGAGAAGGCAGCAGCCGCCACAGCAGCAGCACGGUCAGGCAGCAUUGGAGGGGCGACUGCUGUCACUGUGGAGCAAUGUCAUGCAGUACGAGGACCCAUCUCGCCAAACCAAGGCGCGCUCGCUCAUUCCCCUACAGCAGCUCGAGGAGGUCGCUGCAGUCUCCCUUGCCAAGCAAGGCCAGUACCAGCCGUCAGAAGGGGAGUUUCGUGACGCUGUGUUGAGACAACUGCUGGUCUGGUUCAAAUCCUGGUUCAGAUGGUUGGACUCCCCGCCGUGCCCCCGCUGCCGCACCCCUACGUGUGCCUUCCAUGGCAGCGGCACUCCUUCGAACGAGGACCUGCUCUGGGGGGGAGAGCGGGUAGAGUUACACAGGUGCAAGCAGUGCGGCACGGUGGCUCGUUUCGUGCGAUACAACGACCCUGCCAAGCUUCUGGACACGAGGGAGGGGCGCUGUGGCGAGUGGGCCAACGCCUUUACUCUCUGCUGCCGGGCUCUGGGCUAUGAUGCCAGACAGGUGUGUGUGAUAGGUUGA